CCUGUUUCAAGUGUUUGAUUCAAAAAUUAAAAAGGAGAAGUCGAACUCCUGAAAGCAAACACUCUCUCCUAGCUCCUGUACAGGCUGUAGUAUUGUACGUGUGACACACGACGGAUUUUAUCGUCUCCAUCAUGUGGAAGUGGAAAUGGUGUCUGACUUCGUUCACUUUAGUCUCGUCUGGAUAAGAAGCAAAGCCACUGCCGCCACGGUAUUUCCACUGCAUUUGCCUUACGGCAAGACUCUGACUUCUUAUUUCUGACCAUUUUCAGUACCCUUGGUGCCAUCUUCAGCAAUGGCUGGUACAUGUGUAGGAGGUGAAGGAGAGCUUACAGUGCUUGAUGCAGCCACGAAAUUUGAGUAUCAGUGGAAGAAGUCCUCGUGUGGAUGUCCGAAUGUCGAUGCAGACACAGAUAGCCUGAUGAAUGAGUUCACGAGCUGGAGCGAAGCCUUCAAGAUAUGCACUUCACCAGACCACUCAGGACCUGAAGCAUUUAAUGCAGGUGUAAAAGCAGCGUGUGAUUUCUGCCACAUGCUAUGCGGGCACUUUGCUUUGCCGAGUACCGAGUCCGCUCUUAGUUGCCAAGCCGACGAGCAGGCCUGUUCCUGGUCAAGGCAGUAUGCAGGCCGGUUCCUGACCAUCUGCAAGAACGUAAUCUGCCGUCUCCUGUCUUGUGAAACCACUGCUGUGCUGAGUGAGCCGCUACAGCGGUGCGCACCGAAACUUCUGUAUGCGUGCUUCAGUUACUUCGACGAUGACGUCCCCUGGUCCACAGAGGCGGCAAGGGACACGGCACGCGAACUAACCAACCUGCUCUGCAAAGUAUGUACUCCUGAUGGCAUCACUGGUCUACUUGAAUCUAGUGUGGGUAAGUGUGUUCUUGAUGGUCUCCAGCGGCAACUGACGUCGGAAACGUGGCGUGACCAUCCACAAUCAGUCGACGUUUUGCUGUGGUAUGCUGUGCUUGCCUCGCCGAUCACGUUACAGACGAACCUAGACGUCCUCAUGGCACUAUUGCUUAGACUUGUAGACGACGGCGAGGCUAGUUUAGAGGUGUCAGUACGCGGCGCAGAUGCUUUGACUCGUCUUGUCAACAGCGCAAGUGAUGCCGAACUGAAGCGGUACAACCGCCUGUCGGUGUUGUACGAUGCAACCAAGCGACACACAUACAGCCAUAACGGCGAUCUUCUGGCCGUUAUCUUACCACUGCAUGCCACGCUAUGCAGGGCUAUGGGCUCCUGCGAAGAUGGAUCCUGCGCCAGAGUCGUAUCCUCUCCGGUACGAAUCAUUGUCGGCUCUCCGCGGUGCCCGCGCAUGCUAGGCAUGAACUGGAAUGCGCUGGACCACUACCUGAGCCAACUUCUGUCUUGCGUGGCCGGCGAGACCAGCUCGGAGCUUCGUACUAUCUACCUCGAGAAUAUUCUGUCUGUUGUAUCGGGCAUGGGGCUGCAGGUAGUGCGCCACUCCCAACGUAUCCUCCGCUUUCUUCCGUCGCACUUGGGCUGUCAGGAAGGCGUCGGAGAAAACUGUCGUUUCAUGACGCUGGCCAUUAUGCGUGUCUUAGUGCACUCGGCAUGGCCUCGCUUCGGUGAACCCGUGCAGCUAGUCAAGGCUCUGCUGACACUCUGUUUUCACGCCUCCUGCAGAAUCCCACACAGGGCCAUCACCUCUGCAGACUUUACCGAUGAUCCUCCGGCGGCCUGGCUUAAGUUCUGUUCUGAUUUUAAGUUGAGCGAGAGGCGUGCCGAAGCAGUUUCAUUGCUCAGCGCCGUGGCUUUAUCCAAGCACGGUAAGAAGCAGCAGAAGCUCAACUGCUACCUGCUGCUUGGUGCCGUGGAAUGCUUGAUGCUGCUGGCGCAAUGUUCUGCCAGCACGGCCACGUUACUGAGCAGCUUGCUGAAGGAUCCUCUCCAUUUCGGUUUAAGCCGCUGCGUAGAGAUGGCGCUUGACUGCAGCAAAGAGUGUGGCCCCCUGUGCGUACCCUCCGGCAAUAUCAUCAGCCCCAGCAGCACCAACGGUAGCAGCUGUUAGUGCACUUGGCUGCAGUAAAGGAUGUGGUGCCUUGCGCGUACCCUAGAAAUCCUCCGUAUCACCUCCUGCACUAUAUUUAGCCCCAGCACAAACAGCAGCAGCAGCUGUUGGUGCUCUCGGCUACAUGGCUAGCAGCAAAAAUGCAGACCAUCGUAUUGUCUGGCUAAUUGUGUUUUGGUAGUCCCCUGCAAUCCAGCAGUGUGUUUGAAAGCCUAUGCUCCUGGCAAAGCACGUGUGUUUCGGUCUAGCGACAGAGCAGCGCACACUGGUGUGCACUGCCCAGCAAGCAUCGGAAUGGCAAAUGCAGGACACCUAGAUCGUGACAUGACACAGCAACCCCGUUGAUCGUCUUGUCACACACUAGCCAUGCGGAAUGUCGCGGGUGUGUUCCCGCUGUAUCAUGUCAAGUACUAUCGUGGACGUGUUUCCCGGUGGAGUUGCAUCGUUCCAAGACGCCAGCGUUGAAAUGCUGGCAGAUUUCCACACAGUGCUGCUCAUGCUUCCCGGCUACAGUACAGAAUCUCAUACAACUACAUGUACAUACAGUGCUUGGUUGUAACUGGACAGGGUGCAGGACUAGUGACAAUGUGCACGCUUGUGUGGACAGCUAGCACUAGGCAUCAGUUGUUUGCCCACCGUGGUUCGCCUCGCACAGGGCAAGUCUUUCUCGUGGAUUGUGCGGAGAUGUUGUUGUCGGCAUGGCCGAUGAAUCUACUCGCAAGUCAACGUACCGUACACAUCUCCGAGCACAGUGUAUAAUGAAGUGUGUUACUUUGGAGCAUGGCAGUGCCAGCGGAAUGUCACCAGUAAGUCUCGCUAUGACUAUCCUAUGAUUAUACUAUGUGUUUAUCUUGUUUUUGUUUUUACAUGCGUCGAGAUCUGCAACACUCAUGUCCGUGCAGAUGCAAAGCCAUCUGCGAGAUUUCUUUUCAAAUCCGACAUUGUCACAUUCUCCGCAGCAUUGUUCAUGUCCGUAGGUCUGUGUCAAAUUUCGUCGCUGUAGUAUCUCAUUUCGAAUAAGAAAUGUUGUGUAGUUGAUGCUUGGUAGUCUUGGCCAGCGUCUCAACAACACCUCAA